ACUGUCAGCUUGACAGUUCGCGUCCAACACCUUUUGAAUACAGUUCUUGCCCAAAUUAUUAAAAAAUUUUUAUUUUUUUUCUUAUUUUACAUAAAAUAAAAAUUAUAUAAAAUGGCCAAAGUUGUGUGUCACGAAUAUCGUGUGGAAAUGACUUGCGAUGGUUGUUCCGGAGCUGUGGAAAGAGUUUUAAAUAAAAUAAAAGAUAAAGGCAUUGAAAAGGUUGAUAUAGACAUGGCAGAGCAAAAAGUAUUGGUGAAAACAUCACUCUCUGCUCAGGAAAUUCUCGAAGUGAUUAAAAAGACUGGAAAAUCAACUGAAUAUAUUAAAUCAUUCUAAUGAAAAUGAGAGAAAAGAGAUUAUUUGAUAUAAAAUUAAAAGAAUGGGUUGCUAUUUUUAAUUAUUUGUAUUUUAUUAUCUAAUUAUAUAAAUAUUUUCUUUUUGGUGAGGAUUGUUUUUUAUUAUCCAUUUGUUUUUGGUAAAUGUGUGGUAGUAUUAAGAGAGAUUAAGCUGAAUCAGUUUUUAUGAGGAGAUAGAAGCAGUAUCACUUGCGCCUACACAUGAUUUUAUUGAAUAAUUGAUUAAUGUUUAAGUUUUGUAUUCACAUUUCUCUAAAUACAUAACAGAGACCUG